AUGAAGGCUCGCAUCGUGUCUGUCUGCUGUUUGCUCACCUUGCUGCUUUUUCACGCCACGGCAGAUGAAGAAGAAGAAGACUUCACAACCGUCCUCAGAGACAGAUCUCACAUCGAUGAGACUCUUCGAUUUGCCACUGAAGAAAAAGCAGCGGACUAUGCAGCGGCUGUUCAGAGGUUACGGAAGAUCUACCACUCCUCCAUCAAGCCAAUGGAGCAGGCCUACAAGUACAACGAGCUGAGGCAGCACGAAAUCUCAGCCUACCCUGGACGAACCCUGGGGGACGCCGCCACAGAUGGAGAAAUUACCUCCAAGCCCAUGGUGCUGUUCCUUGGACCGUGGAGUGUAGGAAAGUCAUCCAUGAUUAAUUACCUCCUGGGCUUGAAUGAUAGCCCCUAUCAGCUCUACACAGGAGCUGAGCCGACUACCUCUGAGUUCACCGUCAUAAUGCACGGCGAGAAGAUCCGCUCGGUGGAGGGCAUCGUGAUGGCGGCCGAUAGCUCUCGAUCCUUUUCGCCUUUGGAGAAAUUUGGGCAAAACUUCCUGGAAAAGUUGAUCGGGAUCGAAAUGCCCCACAAGCUGCUGGAACGCGUUACUUUCGUGGACACGCCGGGAAUCAUCGAGAACCGCAAACAGCAGGAGCGAGGGUACCCCUUCAACGAUGUUUGCCAGUGGUUCAUCGACCGUGCUGAUCUGAUCUUUGUGGUGUUUGAUCCGACGAAGCUGGACGUUGGUCUGGAGCUGGAGAUGCUCUUCCGUCAACUGAAGGGCCGCGAGUCGCAGAUUCGCAUCAUCCUGAACAAGGCCGACAACCUGGCCACGCAGGAUUUGAUGCGAGUGUACGGAGCGCUUUUCUGGAGCUUGGCCCCGCUCAUCAACGUGACGGAGCCCCCGCGGGUCUACGUUAGCUCUUUCUGGCCCUACGACUACGCUCCGGACACUAGCCGUGAGCUCUUCAAGCGGGAGGAGAUCUCCCUUCUGGAGGAUCUCAACCAAGUGAUCGAAAAUCGUAUGGAGAACAAGAUCGCUUUCAUCCGCCAGCACGGCAUUCGCGUUCGUAUCCACGGCCUCCUGGUGGAUCGCUACGUCCAGACCUUCAAAGAGAAGAUGAGUUUCUUCAGCGACCCGGAACUUGUAUUCAAGGAGAUCGUGGACGAUCCGGACAAGUUCUACAUUUUCAAGUCAAUCUUGGCCAAGACUAACGUCAGCAAGUUUGAUCUCCCCAACCGCGAUGCCUACCGCGACUUCUUCGGAAUCAACGCCAUCACCAGUUUCAAACCCUUGUCGGCCCAGUGCUCCUACAUCGGCGGCUGUCUUCUGGAUAAGAUCGAGAAGGCCAUCACCAACGAAUUGCCCGGCCUCUUGAGCAGCAUCAACUCGGGCAAACAGCCCGGACUUUCUUCGUGCGAGGCCACCGGCUGCGGGGAGAAGCCCAAAAACCGCUAUCGGAAGAACUGA